AUGGCGAAAAUGGUUGCCGAAUCAGGUCUGACGAAGGACCAAAUACGGCAUCGAAGAGAUAAACCCAUCUAUAAGCAAUACCUCGAUGCCGCUAGGAAGAAACAGCAACCAAUCCCUUCUCCCAGUGUGCCCUGUGAGCCGCCCACCUGCCCAACGAACGAGAAGAUCGACCAUCAGGCAGCGACAUCGACGCCACCAACAGCUCGCGACGAUGUAAAAGAGGGUGAGUGCUCCUCCGCGGUUGCGUCCGCACUAUCGCCAAUCACUCCAGAUCCGAUGACAAGCAGGAAGAGGAUUCGGAAUGAAUCGAUGUCGCCUCUGUCGCAGCCUACAGUAAGGAGACCCCGCACCGAUGCAGUCAACCUCACCGCCAACUCCCCCGCACAGGUCGAACAAACCCAGGUGGUCAUUGAACCAGCGCUGCGCGAAUACCUCGCGUCUGAACGCGAAGCAGCGCUGGCCAAUGGGAACGGCCAUCUGGCGGACCUGUGCCAGGCAGGAUCAUCGCUUGCGGUUAAUGAUCUUGCCUCCUAUCUAGACAAUUGGAUAAUAGAACAUUUCCAAAAAGGGGGAAGGAAAUACAACCCAAAUGGUCACAGAGGUGGACCAAAAUCAAAUUACGGAGGUACUAGACCAGGAAGAGGUCCACGGGUAGAAUCAUACAAAAAGGCCCAGGAUCUCUACCUCCGUAACAGAUCAGCUCUAGUGGAUAAAAUCAUUUCAGGAACUCCACUAGACUCUACUGAAGAGGUACCACCUCUAAAAGCGGUUGAGGAGCUGUAUAGCGGGAUCUUCGAGCGGGCUGCGACGGAGACGAUGACGGUUCAUCCCGAACCACGAAACACCGAUGCCACCACUUUCGCUCCAUUCGAAGAAAGCGAACUAGAGGCAGCCAAAACAGCAUGGGCUAACUCAGCACCUGGUGCUGACGGGAUAACGGUGGCAUCGGUUAAAAAUACGAACAACAGGGUGCUAUGUGUUUUAUAUUCAAUAAUCCUUAUGAGAAACGUGCACCCUGCCAUCUUCCUGCGGUCUAGGACCACAAUUAUAUAUAAAGACGGCCAACGGAGCGAGGCGGCGAAUUGGAGGCCCCUUACUAUCGGGAGUGCCCUCCAGCGACUGAUGCACAGGGCGAUGGCUAACCGCUUGCGGAAGGUCGUCGCCCUGGAAGCCAAUCAACGCGGAUUUAGUACGCUGGACGGCACUCUCGCGAAUUGUAUGAUUCUACACUCAUACAUUCGGAAUAGGGUGUCCUCCAAUAAAGUACGCGGUCGCUUCACUCGAUUUGCGGAAGGCCUUUGA